AUGGCUAUUCUAACCCCGGAGGACCUCACACAUUGGCAUGCCACACCGGCCCGGGCCGAUGCGCGCACAACCACCGCCCGUGGCGACGACCAUGAAUUCGAGGUGCCUGCAAAGGUACCACCAGCACAGAGCAGCCAGGCCGUGGAUCUCCAGGAAUCGGCCACGUCUGAUCUUGAUCUUGAAACACACUCCACACCCAAGCCACCAGCAGUCACGCAUGAAUCCCCCGUGGCCGAGGGCGACCUUCAGGCUGCUUCCGUGGCGCAUUCGGGUCGUUGGCGCAGUGGACGAUCGGUGCCCCCGACAGCAGCACAGGCUUGUGACUCCUGCCUCAGCCUCCAACGCGAAAUGACCCAGCUUCGCCGUUAUAUUGGCAAUGAUCCCCGGCACUAUGAGGAGCUCAUUGAAACGCUGCAGCAAAGUAAUGGCUUGCUUGAGCGAAGACUUACGGCCAUGGAAGACCUUCUUCAACUACAAGAAGCAGCCGUGACCCGUGAAGCCAACACCGUUCAGCUGUCCUCAACCCUUUGUGUUCAGCCCCCACACAACGAUCGAUCAACUGCCCUCAAUUUUUUGCGCAGCUGGCGCAAGCAAGUCUAUCGUUUGCUUUUGGAACGCUCUCUUGAUCAUGCGCAGAUCCAAGCCAAGCACCGUCAACACCACCAGCAACUCCAAUCGCUCAAUGGACAGCUCGAGGCUGAGCAUCAGGCCCGCCACUUGAUCGGCACCAAGCUUGCCGAUGCUGAAAGCCACGUUGAUUUGCUGCGCCAUCAGCUACAGAGCUGCGUUGCCGAAUUGCGCCGUCGCGAGCUUGACGUGUACCAGCUUGACCAAGCUCUCAGCACAAGAUCCCGUAAUGAGCGUCACAUGCAACAGGCCAUCCUUGCGUUUCAUGAAAAGUUUGAGCUGCUUCUUCAAGUCUUGGCACAGCAAGCUUCAACCCUUGACCGUCAAGACCGACGCCUGGCCUUUGCUGGCAGUCGCCUCAAAACGAUUGGCAUUUUGCAGCAGCAAGUCCAGAGUCUGACCAAGGAGCGCGAUUAUCUUCUCACACACAAUCGGAUGCUGGAGGAAACGUUUGGCGAACGGCUCGCGGUAGAGGUGCAAGGCAGCCAGAAGGAGUUGGCAGACGUCAAGUCUGCCCUGACCGAUGCACAACGUCGCGCCAAUGCCUCCGCUCUGACUUUGGAGAAGACAGAACAGGAACUAGAAGCAUCUCGCGAUGAAAUUGCAAAGCUGCAGCAAGAGCUGUCAAGGAACAACGAGGCUGCGCGCCAGGCACAAGACGAUGUGCGGCGCCAGCACCAGCAGGAACUGGACGCACCACAGAGCGAGCAAGCAAAGACUUUGAGGCAAAUGGAGCUUCGAGUGCAAGAUCUGGAAGCACAGCUCAAAACUAGCCAGAGGUGGUGUGCAGUUGACAGGCAGGCUGUGUGUAUGCACAAACAAACGCAGCUGAACAAGAUGGACCUUGAGCGACGUCUGGACACGAGCGCGGCGCGGCACGAGAGCGCUUUUGAGUUGGAGCGCCAAGACUUGCGGCGAGAGAUUGAUCAGCUUCGCCUCAGCUUGCAAAGUGUGAGCCAGGAGCGCAACGCCUUGCUUGCUAGCUUGCGUGCGCGUGCUGCGUAUGGCGUGGCCCCGGCCACCAAUGUGGGGGCGCAAUCGUGGGGAACUUGGCCAGGCGUGACAACGGUUCCAGGACACGUCAGCCCCCAGGCUCCUUCGCAGAGUCCAGGCCCUGGCUCCGAGGCCGAAGGUCUCCGAGACGAUAGAGGAGACUUGUCGUCUCACCACUCUUCACCUCCAGAACAUGGAACAUCCAGCCCUGCCUUGAUGCCCAACGCAAGCUUUGAUGCAGCUGGAGCGAGACAACGCGAUGAUGACUUGGUGGAUCAGGUGGCCCGAUUGGCACAGGAGCUUCUUGGGCAGAUGAACGUGCGAUCUGACACGCAGCGCUCGCCUUUGGCAUGA